AUGGAUCUUUGUUUCCAUAUAACUUGCCUUGUAAUUUGUUCUUGGUUUGCCUUUCUUCUAUACGUCAUACUUUGUUUUGCCGAAGGAGUUAGUCACCUAAGGAACAAAAGGGUGCACUCAUUUUUUCUAGACAACAUGAGCAUCAUGUCAAACCCUAUGGAGAGGCUAAGGCAAUUGGUGAACUCCAAGACUUGGGACUAUUGUGUCCUUUGGAAAUUGAGUGAAGAUCAAAGGUUCCUAGAGUUUAUGGACUGUUGUUGUGCUGGAAAUGAUAGCUGCAUGGAAAAUGCUAAUAACGAUGUUGGUGAAGAGUUUUUGUUUCCUUGUAGAGAUAUGAUGUUUCAGCACCCUAAAACAAGAAGUUGUGAAUUACUUGCUCAAUUACCAUCUUCUCAUCCCUUGGAUGGGAUUAAUAUGGAGAUCUUAAUAUCAAAUCAGCCGAAAUGGUUAAAUUUCUCAAAUGUCUCCGAUUUAAAUGUUAAUGAAGUAACCAUGGGUACAAAAGUUCUUAUCCCAAUUCCUGGAGGACUCGCUGAACUAUUUGCUGAUAAACAAAUGAAUGAAGAUCAAAAUGUCAUAGACUAUGUUGUGACACAAUGCAACAACUUGAUGGACCAAGCAACAAUAAGCAGCUCGAGCAAUACAUGCGCCGGUUUUUCUGUGAACAUUAACAUGAUGAAUGAGCUCCAAUCAAAUCCCACAUUAUCUGAUCAAAACAAUGGCAAUCAAAAUAUCAACAUUAACAAUGAAUCUCAAUCUUCAAUGAAUUUCUUGCAACAAUUUAACUAUGUUUCUGAGACUAACAAAAUAAUAUCUAGGAAUGAUUUUCUUGAGGGAGCAAAUGACUCAUUUCAAGCUGAGAAUCAUCACCAACUAAAUUCCUUCAAGCCUUUGUCAGAUAAUGGGUUUGACGACCUAAUGAAUAACCCUAAUAAUCUGCAUAAUUUGCAUGUUUUGGAUCAUUCAGCCCAUGAUCGACAACAAGUGGAUGAAAAGGGCCCAAUAUCAAAGCAUGAGAUGGGCCGGGCUGAUUCUGUCUCGGAUAGUGAUCCACUUGAUGAAGAAGAUGAUCCUAAGUAUCAUCGAAGAAGGCCCACUAAAGGCCCACAAUCCAAGAACCUUGUGGCUGAGAGGAGGAGAAGGAAGAAGCUUAAUGAGAGGCUUUACCUUCUUCGUUCUUUGGUCCCCAACAUUUCCAAGUUGGAUAGAGCUUCGAUACUUGGGGAUGCUAUCAAAUAUGUGCAAGAGUUGCAAAAGGAAGAAAAAGACCUCCAAAAUGAGCUUGCAAGGAAUUCAGAUGAUGAAGAUCCCAACAACGACAUGAAUAUCAUUGAUCAUUUACAUCAUCAUCCUCACCAACUUCAUCAAACCAAUUUCUCACCAGAAGUCUCAACUAUUUCACACGGGCCGAGGUUCGGGCCAGACUAUGAUCAAGAAAAGCCUAGAAAUGCGUAUCAAAUGGGAGGAGGACCACCCGAGGGCUUUAGGAGAAGCCAUGAAUUUGAAAGUGCUAAUGACAAAGCACAACAAAUGGAGGUGCAAGUGGAAGUUGCUCAAUUAGAGGGAAAUGAUUUCUUUGUGAAGGUGUUUGGGGAGCAAAAGAGAGGUGGAUUUGUUAGACUAAUGGAGGCUUUACACUGUCUUGGUAUGGAGAUAAUCAAUGUGAAUAUGACCAGUUGCAUCAGUCUUGUUUCCUAUGUUUUCAUCGUCAAGAAGAGGGAUAGUGAAAAUGUGCAAGCGGAAUACUUAAGGGACUCAUUGCUAGAGGCAACGCGUAAUCAAGCAGGAUUCUGGUCUGAGAUGGCGAAAGCAUCAUCUGAAAAUGGAAAUGGAAUCGAUCAUCUACACCAAAAUCAGCAUUAUGCACUGCAACACCAUCUUCACAACAACCAUAUAGGACCUUUCCAUAACCACUUCCACCACCUUAGUAACUGAACA